UCCACUUGUGAUAAGAGCGCUGCUCACCGGCGGGUAUAAAAGUGCUGCGCGCCUACUCUUCAGUAAGAGUCUUGCGCGGACGGUCAGAAUGUGCGGAGCGCUCUUACUAUUAGCAAAGGGUUCUAAAUAUUGGCAGCACGCGCAUUGGUAGUAAAGUUUAAGGUUUAAGUGUUGUGAAUUUAAUAAAACAUCAAGUGUCAAGUAAUCACUGCCAAUUUGACAACCCGCCACGACAAACAACAACGCCGCCAUGCAGUCGUUUAAGGCGGAUGAGUUGCCGCAGAAUCCACGCGAACGCGCGAAUCCACUCUCAAUACUCAUGUUCUGCUUUACGAUGCCGGUAUUUUUCAAGGGCCGCAAAAAGACCCUGGAUGAACGUGAUCUCUUUCGAGCUUUAAAUUCCCACAGAUCAGCUACGCUGGGAACCGAGAUGGGCGAAGCUUGGGAGGCGGAGAUCGAUAAGAAACGACAAAAGCACAAGGAACCCAGUCUCCUGAGCGCGGUGCUGCACGUGUUCGGUGCACGCUACGCGGGACUGGGAUUUAUAUUAUUCCUGUUGGAAAUCGGGUUGCGCGUUACACAGCCACUGUUUCUUGGCGGGCUGGUUAAUUACUACGCCAAUCCGGCUAACAGCGAGAGCACCAGCACUGCCUAUCUCUUCGCUCUGGGUGUGAUACUUUGCAGCGCACUGAAUGUGCUGUUCAUGCACCCGUACAUGUUGGCCGUGUUGCAUACUGGCAUGAAGGUGCGAGUCGCCUUGUGCAGUUUGAUUUAUCGAAAGGCGCUACGCUUGAGCAAGACGGCGCUGGGCAGCACCACCACGGGCCAGGUAGUGAAUCUGAUAUCGAACGAUGUGGGCCGGCUGGAUACGUCACUCAUACACAUGCAUUAUUUAUGGCUGGGACCUUUAGAGAUAGCAGUUAUAACAAUACUGAUGUACCGAGAGAUUGGCGUCUCUUCGCUAUUUGGUGUUGCCUUCAUGUUGCUCUUCCUGCCACUGCAGGCGUAUCUCGGCAAGAAGACGUCAGUGUUGCGUCUGCGCACAGCUUUGUGCACUGACGAGCGCGUACGCAUGAUGAACGAAAUCAUCUCGGGCAUACAGGUGAUCAAGAUGUAUGCGUGGGAGAAGCCUUUCGGCAAGAUGGUGCAAUUUGCGCGUCACAAAGAAAUGAAAGCCAUACGUAACGUCAACUAUAUACGCGGUAUCUUGCAAUCGUUCAUCAUGUUCAUGACACGUGUAUCCAUCUUUGUCAGUUUGGUGGGCUAUGUGCUACUCGGUCAGUUUUUGACGUCGGAGAAGGCUUUCGUCAUCACAGCCUACUAUAAUAUAUUGCGCAACACAAUGACCGUCUACUUUCCCAUGGCCAUUUCGCAAAUCGCCGAGACACUGGUCUCAAUAAAACGUAUUGAAAAGUACUUGUUGUAUGAUGAGACCAAGGUGAAGGAUCGCUCCGAUGAUAACGAAAAUGAAUAUAAAACGAUAAAGCAAACGUACAUCAUUGAAGAGAAUGAAAAAUCACUGACACUAAAUGGUGGUCUGAAGCCGUUGCAAACGAAGGUAGAUGAGAAACAGAUAAAGCCGGGCAUUGAGAUACAUAAACUGAAGGCGAAAUGGGAUCGCUCUAUGACGGAAUACACAUUGCACAAUAUCGAACUAAAAGUGAAACCGCGUACGCUAGUAGCUGUUAUUGGUCCAGUGGGCUCUGGCAAAUCAAGUUUAAUACAAGCCAUUCUUGGCGAACUACCCGCCGAAUCAGGUUCCAUCAACGUACAUGGUACCUUUUCGUACGCUGCGCAAGAACCUUGGCUAUUCACCGGUACCGUCCGUCAGAAUAUACUUUUUGGUUUGCCAAUGGACAAGAACCGUUAUCGUACUGUGGUGAAAAAAUGCGCGCUGGAACGCGAUUUCGAGCUGCUACCCUUUGGCGAUAAAACGAUAGUAGGCGAACGUGGUACCUCGCUUUCGGGCGGUCAGAAGGCACGCAUCAGUUUAGCGCGCGCAGUGUACCGUAAAUCCGACGUUUACUUGUUAGAUGAUCCGCUAAGCGCUGUGGAUACACACGUCGGUCGCCAUCUCUUCGAUCAAUGUAUGCGCGGUUUCCUGCGGGAAGACAUAGUACUUUUGGUUACACAUCAGCUGCAAUUCCUAGAGCAGGCCGAUGUUAUUGUGAUAAUGGAUAAGGGUAAAGUGAGCGCUGUAGGUACUUAUGAGUCGAUGCGUAGAAGUGGUCUGGACUUUGCUAAAUUGUUGGUGGCUCCAGAUCUAAGUGCUGAUGCAGAUAGUAGUAAUGGCGCUGGUGGCGACGCUGACAAGAAGAGUCUGUCACGUCAGAAUAGCAGACAACGCCAGAACAGUGUUUCGUCCAUGAGCUCGAUAGCCGAAUCGGCAGCAGGUGAAGCGCCUACACAAGUGCAGGAGACUCGUGAAGAGGGUAAAAUAGGCUGGUCACUAUAUACUAGGUACUUUACCGCAAGUGGCGGUUACUUGCUUUUCUCGAUAACAAUGUUCUUCUGCGUUGCUGCGCAGAUUUUGGGCUCUGGUGGUGAUUUUUACUUAUCCUAUUGGGUGAACAAAAAUGAGUUCGUAGCUGACACUCAAUCACAAAAUUUUGGCACUCGCUUAAUCGGUCGUUUAUACGGUCGCGAUGUACGCGUAAACAAUGAAACGGAUCCCACUGACAUUUACAUAUUCUCGGGGAUUACUUUGGCUACCGUUAUUUUCUCACUUAGUCGCAGUUUGCUUUUCUUUACAAUGGCGAAGCAAUCUUCGAUUUCGUUGCACAAUGCGAUGUUCCGCGGUCUUACACGCGCCUCCAUGUACUUCUUUCACACGAAUCCAUCGGGUCGUAUAUUGAAUAGGUUCUCAAAGGAUAUGGGUCAAGUGGAUGAAAUUCUGCCAUCGGUGCUGAUGGAUGUUCUACAAAUCUUUUUGGGCUGCGCGGGUAUUGUGGUUGUAAUAUCAAUUGUGAAUGUGUGGAAUUUGCUAACCACAGUUGUGCUGUCCAUCAUAUUCUAUUACCUUCGUGCAUUUUAUUUACAUACCUCACGUGACGUGAAACGUCUUGAGGCAGUCAACCGUUCACCAAUUUACUCGCACUUGGGCGCCUCAUUGAGUGGCCUAUCGACAAUACGCGCGUUCGGUGCUCAAAAAACAUUGAUAAAGGAAUUUGAUAACUACCAAGAUUUGCAUAGUUCUGGUUAUUACAUGUCGUUAACAACAAGUCGCGCCUUCGGCUACUGGCUCGACUGUUUCUGCGUCGUCUACAUAGCUGUCACUGCGCUGAGCUUCUUCGUAUUUUCACCGAAGAACGGCGGAGAGGUCGGCUUGGCCAUAACCCAAGCUAUGGGUUUGACCGGUAUGGUACAGUGGGGCAUGCGUCAGUCUGCUGAGUUGGAGAAUAAUAUGACGUGUGUUGAGCGUGUAGUUGAAUAUGAUCAAAUCGAACCAGAAGGUGAACUCGAGAGCAGACCUGGCAAAAAACCACCAAAGACAUGGCCGGAACAAGGUAAAAUCAAAUUUGACAAACUCAGCUUGCGAUAUUUCCCUGAUCCAAAGUCGGAGCGUGUUUUGAAAUCGCUAAAUUUCGAAAUACAAUCCUGCGAGAAGGUAGGCAUUGUGGGACGCACAGGCGCUGGCAAAUCAUCGCUCAUCAAUGCGCUCUUCCGCUUGUCAUACAACGAUGGUUCGAUAACAAUUGACACUAGAGAUACCAAUGAUUUGGGUUUGCACGAUUUGCGUAGCAAAAUCUCCAUAAUUCCACAAGAACCGGUGCUCUUUUCGGGAUCGAUGCGUUACAAUCUCGAUCCAUUCGACGAAUACUCCGACAACAAGUUAUGGGAGGCGCUCGAAGAAGUUAAAUUGAAAGGCGUUGUGUCAGAACUGCCGAGUGGUCUGCAAAGUAAAAUCUCUGAGGGUGGUAGUAAUUUUAGUGUCGGUCAACGGCAGUUGGUGUGUUUGGCACGUGCUAUACUACGUGAAAAUAAAAUUCUUGUGCUGGACGAGGCAACGGCAAAUGUGGAUCCACAGACUGAUGCACUCAUACAAUUGACAAUACGAAGUAAAUUCAAACAUUGCACGGUGCUCACAAUUGCUCAUCGUUUGCACACUGUAAUGGACUCGGAUAAGGUGCUGGUGAUGGACGCUGGACGAGCGGUGGAGUUCGCGUCUCCAUUUGAGUUGUUGACUGAAAGCAAAACAAAGAUAUUCUAUGGCAUGGUCAAACAGGCGGGUAAUAGCACUUUCGACAAUCUGCUCACUGUGGCGCAAAAGGCGCAUGAGGAGAAUUUGCGUGCGAAAAAGGAUUCUUGACAUUUCUCCGUACCGAAAGUAUUCAAAGAGUAUUUACUUAAGAUUCUAGAGCCGAUAUCAAAUCAUCCUGCUAAUGCGCGUAUACAAAAAACUCUCACCGAUGCAACGCAUCACAAAUUUCUCGGAUAGCAGGAACCGAACAAUGGGGGUGUGAAUGGGAACGAAACACGUAGAUUAUCAUAUCGGGGAUUAUUUUUAUAUAGUACUUAAUGUAAUCAACUAAUAUACACGUAGUGUGGUAAAUAAUUGUAUAGAAAAGUAUUUAAGAUGUGUGUGAGUUGAACGAGGCAACAUGUAUAUACAUACAUAUCUAUACGAAUGCUAAUCUUAUAUGCCAUACGAGGCAUUGAAAGCAGAAAAUUGACCUGAAAUUUACAAACUCUACAUAUCUAUAAACAGAAGUGAGAAAUUACAAACAUAAAUUUAUGGUAAUUCUAAUUGCUUUAGUAAAGAUAAUCAUGAUCGAAAUGAAAUUAAAUCAAAAACACUAUACAAACUGAGACAAUAAAGGAGAAAACAAAACACCAACUGCACAAACACAUACACACGCUAAGGUUGGACGCGUGCAAUAAUGAGUUUAGAGCUCAGGUCUAACUGCUGUCAGACAGCGCUACUAUUAGCAAGUAAUAAACCUUAAACAUACAUACACAGCAGCUGAUUUCGUGGCUUAAUUAUGUACAUUAUAAAAGAAUUUAAUUGGUCAAUUUAACACUGUUUUUAACCAAAGCAAAUCGUUUAGCUUGGCAAAAAUUAUUAAAAAAAAUGUCUCCUCCACAUUUGUGUUUAGACACACUUGCAUAAAUUUUGCAUGCAUUGCUCUUUUUAACAGCAUAGAAAGGCUUCAUUUUUUCCACCAUAUUAACGAAGUAGUAAUUUGUGAUUUAUUAGAGAAUAUACGCCUGCAUAGUUAGUUGAAUAAGUUGUAUGUAAGCUAAAACAUAUAAACAACAUAUAUCGUACAUAUGUAUGUGUUCCAAAUGUGAAAACUCGUUGACAAUAUUAGGGCAUAAACUUUGUGGUUUUAAAUGUUUUGUACCAGUAGUAGACAGAAGCUUUAUUUUACCAAACAGCAACAGUAGAACAUUUUGUGUCAUCUAUAAAUUUAAGAAUGUGUGUGUGUAUUAAACAUAAAUAUGUACCUAUAUUUAUAAAGAGUUUUUAUGAAAUCAUAGCAUCAGAAUAUAAAUCAUAAUAUAUCGUAAAUAAUAUAAAAAUAAUAAAUACGUUGUUUUAUAUAAUGUUGUAUUGUAGAUUUAUUACUGUUAUGGAAAUUGUAAUGUGUGCGCAGCCGCAAAACAAAAAACAAAUUGUACAAUAUGUAGUUUUGAGUAUGCAUUUAAAAAUCAUACAUAGCUAUAAUAAUAAUAAUUUAUAACUAUUAACGACAUUGAUUCUUCCAGUAAACGCUGAUUUUAUCAGUACUAGUUCUAAACGUUAGAUAUACAUACAUAGAUGCAUACAUACAUAUAUAACGCUAUAAUAAAUAUUUACAAAAUGCAAAAUGCAUUUAUAUAAUUUACUUAAGGCAUUAGUCUGUAUUAGAAACCGAAAAAAAACUUUUUUUUAUAAAUUUUUUUGAAAGGGAAGGAAAUGAUUGCGGUAAACGGAAUUUUAAGACGACAGUGUACUAUAUUUAAGGCUUAAAAACAAUAUUUAUUAUUAAAAAAUAUUGAAAUUUUCUCAAAGUUGUAAGUAUUUUUCUGGAACGCCACUUGUAAAUCGGUGCCGGUGAUGGAGGUCGUACGACGCAUCUGAAACAGUCGAACCAAUUUUUUUUUUUAAUUUUAUAGGUUUAUUUUCUUUAUGAACUAAAAAAAUACCGAAGAAGUUAUAAAAUACCAAAUUUUUUCGAAGUUUGAAAAAAAAAACUGAUUUAAAAAAAAAAUUGACUUUAUGUUGCAAAACAAGUAGUUUAAAUAAUACUUUUGUUCAACUAUUUUAGUUCAAAUAGAAGAUAAUUUAAUACUUUGGUUUUUUUCGAUCGGACAUAUAUUCUUUUUGCUAUCGCCGGCACCGUUUUCCUACACUUGUGAAAAUGAAAACUCGAGAAAACGAGCUUUAAAGGUCUGCCUGAGCAUUCGCACCUGCUCGACGCCACUAAAACUGCUCUAGCUUCGAAAAUAUGUCGAAUUGGCCUCUGGAAUUUGAAAGGCAUAUGUUUGGAAGAGAUUUAAAACAAAACAAAAAAAUCGAUUUUUUGAAGCCUGUAAAGCAGACUAUACUGCCUUACUUCAAAUUGGUAAUGAAAUUGUAGGCAGCAAGAAUUAAUUCAAAGAUAACAAUCUCAAAGAUUUCAAAAAAAAAAAAAAAAAAUUAUAAUAAUAAUAAAUAAAUACCUAAAUAAAUGCAAAUUACGCUAUGUAUCCAUACUCUUUUGUGCGAAAUUAAAUAAAUUAAUUAAUAGUAAUAACAGCAAAGCGAUUUCAAGAAAGAGCUUCUCCAUAAACUAAGUAAUAAAUUAUAGAAGAAAAUCUUAAAAAUACAUGCACAUGAUUUUUUUUUUAUUUUAUAUUUUCAAAAUCUCAAAAUUUUCCGUCGCAUACAAUUGUAUGGGUACAUAAUGUAAAGAUACAUUUUGUUUGCAACAAACGACAAUAAAUUAAUGAUGUCAAUGAACAAUACGCAGCCUUAAAAGAUUAGCGUGAGCCAUGCGGUGAUAAGGCAGAAGCCAACACAUGUUGCCACCGGUAUGUAAGUGCUAUGGCCAGUCAAGGCGCGAUUGUAGAGAAUACCGCUAAACAGCCAUCAAGGAGCCGGUGUGUAAUGAAUGACAAUUAUAAAAAUUACAUUUUAACUCCAAUUGAACAUUUAAUGUAACCAAUAAUGGAAGGACAAUAAGACAAGUUCCUUGUUAAAUGAAUAGUGGAAUGUAUAAAUAUAGUAUAUUUUAAAAUGAUUUAUGAAACACGAAUUAGUGUAAAAAUGUGAAAAAUAUAAAAGAGCUUUCUUUAAUGUGUCAUUUUGGCAUCAAUUAAAUAUGCAUUUUUUUCUACAAAUGUAGGCUUAAAUAAUAUUAUUAAUGUUGAUAGCAGUUAAACAGGUACUAAUGUAAGUACAUUCUAAAUUUUUACAAAAAACCAAACAUAAUGGAAUGUUGCGCGUUUAUACUCUUGAAUAUUGUUUAAGCCGAGCUUUAAUAAAUAUUUAGGGAAUUAAGUGAAUAUUAAAAUUAAAAUUUAUUUAAAGCUAAUUUGAAAUUAUUUAAUAAUAAAAAACAAAACUUCGCCUAAUUACUCUUAAAAUGUACUUCAUUUCAACAAAAUAACAGAGUAAUUGACAUGUUUCAUGUUUAACAAAACUAGAGAUAAAAAACAAAAGCUGUUAAAAUAUUAUUGUAUAAAUAAAUCUAUCUAAACUUUUACUGAUUUGAAAAUCUAAAUUUUUAUUUCAAAUUAAUUUAAAUUAGUUUUGGUCAUAUUUCUGGUCUGUAUCGCUCAAAAUCAAAACAGUUAUGCCCAUGGUGUGUGUGUAGAUAAAAUGUUUGUUUCAGCAAAUGCAUUUACUUGAAUUAAAUAAAAAAGCAAAAUAAAAUUCUAAAUAUACAAAACAUAAA